CGAAGUAGUAGUACCUGGACAAAAAUAGUUAAAUCGUUGCACCAUCGGAAACAGAAAGACGACGUUAUCUUUAGAAAGCCCCCGAGGCACAGAAAGCGCUCUUCCUCCCUCCCACCGGCUCGCAGGCGGCCGCUUCCCGAGCGACCCCGGCAAUGGCAGAGCUCACGCGCCUCGUGUCUUCGGGCGAUGACGUCAAGGUGUGGAACGCGGCGUCGCUGACGGUGCUGGAGCAGUUCAACCCGCACAACGCGAGGCAUCCCGUGUCCCGGGUGUGCUGGAGCAGCAACAAUCAGUAUCUUGUGAGUGCCAGUACCAGCGGGGACAAACUGGUGGUGUCCAGUCUGAAGUCGUCUCCAGUCCCGCUGAUUGAACUUGCAGAAGGGGGUAAGCAGACCCGUAUCAGUCUAAACUCCACAUCUCAGUUCCUUGUGAGUGGAGGCCUGGACAGCUCUGUCAACAUCUGGGACCUGAAGUCAAGGAAGCUGCACCGCACUCUUCAGGACCACAAGGAAGAGGUGACCUGCGUCUCUUUCAAUGGCAACGAUGCCUACGUUGCUUCCGGUUCGACCAGCGGUGACAUUGUCUUGCAUAGUGUCAUGACUAACCUGUCCAGCAAACCCUUUGGGUAUGGUGCCAACCAGCCCAUCCAUGACCUGAAGUAUUCUUAUGUGAAGAAAUCCAUGCUGGGCAGUGUGUCAGACAGUGGCACAGUAGUGCUGUGGGAUGCCAACACACAGAAGGAGAUGCAUAUGUUUGAGGGGGUGCACAAGGCCCCAGCUUCAGGGUUGGCCUUUUCCCCAGCCAAUGACCUGCUCUUUGUCACUGUGGGUCUGGACAAGAAGAUUAUCUGCUAUGACACAUCCAGCAAGAUUGUCCUGCGUAGCAUGCGGGUGGACUCCCCUCUGACUGCCAUUGAUUUUACACCCGAUGGGGCUGGGCUAGCUGUGGGGUCUACCCAGGGGAAGGUGUACCUGUAUGACCUGAGGAACCUCAAUGCUCCUAUCAAGACUGCUACAGCACACAAGACCUCGGUCACCUGCCUCCGCUUCCAGCACUCCCAUGUGCAUCACACAAAGGCCAGUAAAGUCAGCAGCAAGACCUCCUCCAGCAAAAGGACGUCCGUGAAGCAGGAAACCCCUGUUGCCUCCACACUCCCUCCUUUGUCCUCGGGCACCCAUUUGUCCACACAGCCUGUCUCUGACCAGCAGCUGUGUGAAAGAGGAGAUGAAGAUACCCAGAAAACAGGUGCCACUAGUGUGGAUGUUGUGCUUCCCAGGGAGGCUGAAGGCCAGCACAGCUCUGAACACCUCUCCAGCUUCAACAAAUUCAGCAGCGUGGGCCGCAAUAGCCUUGACAUCUUCUCUCCAGUCAGAGAGGACUAUAAGGCCCACAGGACAAGUGGAACUACUCCACGUGAGGAGAAGAAAGAUGAGCUGGACUUCCUGUCCCAGUAUUCCAGUGCUGCAGCUCACCGCCGAACCCCCCUGGGCACACCUGGAGGAUUUGGACCACUGUCAGUGUUUGACACCCCUCCACCAAUCAGGGAAGAGGAAACCUCACCCUCAACACAGGUUCAAGCAAUGAUUAAGGAAACCAAAGAAGGAGAUAAAGAGAGAAACAGCAGCCUAACUUUAGAGUUAAAUGCACAGACUGCGCCCACCCAUGCAGGGCCCACUGUCCAAACACCUGAGGCUCACCUGAGAAGUUGCAAGGAGGGGCUGGGCCAACUGCUCUACAAUACACCUUUCAAUGGCUCUACUGCCACAACUGCACAUGGAGAGUCUGGGGGAGCAGCUAUGGCUCCUGCUCUAUCAGAAGGAUUCACUGAAGUAGGAGGUGGGGUUCCUAUGUCCACCCAGCAGGUCCACUUUAUUAGAAACAUGAUCCAUGAAGCACUGGAGGACUUUAGGUCUGUACAGGCACCACUCUCCAGUGUGGGGCCCCCUUUCCAUACCCAGGAGCCCCACCUCAGAAGCAGUAAAGAGGGUCCAGGCCAACAGGUCAGUGACACACCUGUUAAUGGACCUGCCCCCACUACUGCUCAUGCAGGGAAGGUGGCCAUAACAGGGAACAUGAACACAGAGGCAGGGAGUGCUCCUUUGUCUGCCGUACAGGUCCACUUUAUCCGCAACAUGAUCCACGAGGAGGUGGAGGACCUCAGAGAUGUCUGUCACAGGGACAUAGUGAACCUUCAGGUGGAAAUGAUCCGCCAGUUCUACAUCCAGCUGAAAGAGAUCCACGGCCUGAUAGAAAAAUACGCAGUGCCUUACUCACUGAUGGAGGAGAUAGAGCGACUAAAGGAGGAGAACAAGCGUCUUAGAACCAACUAUUGAGGGAGUUCUGGUUCCCUCUGCUUGUGGUGUCCAGCCCCAUGGCCCUGUAUGCUAGGGCUAAUGCUUUGCCUCAACUUUGUCAUAAAUUUUAGAGGGAAGAAUUUGUUUUUGUAAUUUUUGAUACAAGUGUUCUUUCCACUGAGCAUCUCCUUAUGUGUAACUUGAUCAAACAGCAAGUGCCUUACUGCUAAAAGAACAGGAGAAUGCUACAAUGAAGGCAUGAGCCCUGACCCAGACUGGUAAUCCUGUGUGCCUCUGCUGUUUCGGGUAGCAGUGCCAAUCGAGAGAAUCCAGUACUUGCUUAACAAACUCAUGGCUUGCUGAAGGUGGGGCCAAGGAUUUGUCACAGGGUGGUGUAACUGGCACUGAUCAUUGAAAGUAUAAUUCUGGGUUUCAUUUUGGCUCUUAAACAUGCCCUAGUGGGGCAGCAGGGUCUUCCGGUUAUCGUUCAUCUUAUUUCUAAGCCAGGUCAUUGUUUGGAUAGAAAUGCCAUCUGUUGAUUGUGAUAGGGCUUACUGAAAAGAGCCAUUUUUAUGGCUCUCUGCCAUAAUGUACACUUGGGUUUAAAUUUUUUCACAAAUUUAUAGCAAUAAACAUCAGGUGUGCAUUCACUCUGGUUUUGUUUUAGUCUUUAGUGCACAUGGAGGAAUUACAAACAUUUACACAUGAAUACUACUUAGUAUCUUGUACAAUGUAGAUGUGGUGAAUGAAGCAAGAAAUUUGACAAAGCUGGUAAAAAUAAGGGCAGCGCCGUAUUACUCAGGUAGUGCUGCUGCCUCACACUGCCCGGGCUCUUAAGAGUAUACGUUUGAAUUCAGCUCUGCGUGGAGUCUGCAUGUGCUUUCUGUCUGUUUGGGUUUCCUCUGCUUUCUUCCCACAGUACAAAGUUC